UAUAAAUGGCGGACGAUAUCAGGGCUGCGUUGGAACAGCCGCAAAAAUGAAAGCUGCUCUCGUGGUUCUUGCUGUUGUCGCCGUGGUGGCGGUGUGCGGCGCGAGGCGGAGGUCGACGACGGCGCGGCCGUGCGAGGACCGCUGCACCCUCGAGUACAGCCCCGUGUGCGUCCGCGACCCGGACGGUGCCUACUACUUGUUCAGCAACGAGUGCUUCCUGAGGGUCUGCAGAUGUCGCACCAACAUCGAGUUCACGAGACUGGACGACCCCGACGAGUGUCCCUCCGACGCAAGGACGAAGUGCCCGGACCAGCUGCGCUCGCCGAGCGACGCCUACGGCGAGAGCGUGGAGGCGCCCGAAUCGCGGUCAGACUCCUCCGACUCGUCCGAAGAGGGUGACAGCAUCAGGAGGCGCCACGAGCAGCAAGAGCGCUACUUCUGAAGACACCGGGAGCAGCAGGGCCGCGUCUAGUGCAGCAGCUUGGGCGUCACCACUCGAUAUGUUCCCCACGACAAUGUUCCCGCUGCAGUAGUACAUUCCACUGCGCCACUAAUAUCUGAAACACUGUUAUGUACCAUUGCGUUACUUGUAGUUUUUUCGCAUUGAAGAAGCACUGCGACAUGCUUUUCAUCAGCUGUCUGUCAUUUG